AGAAAAAGGAGGAUGGGUAGUGGAUAACUACCCUCUGUCAGCAGAUCACUGGUCAGCUUUAUCAGAAAAAGGACUUUUACCUGACACUGUUGUCUGUCUGAAGGAUACAGAAAAAAACGAGGAGAAAUGCAAGAAAAAACAAUAUCAGAGGAAGAACAACCUCUAGGGGCUGCUGAGGAGAAAGGUGAAAAAAUCAUCCUACCCGAGUUUACAGAGGAUGAUCUUCUAGAUAUGCCAGAAAUGGAAACAGUUAGAAAGAAGAUUGACCUUUUCAUGAAUGACUGGAAAACAGUGGAGUCAGAGAUCAAGCAGUCAUCUUUAAUUCAGGUUGCUGGUUUAGAGAUUGCUGAGCAAACUCCAGAAAGUCUGCUUAAUCAAACUGUGCUGGUUAUGGAAAAACCUUUUAAAUAUCAUGGUUGGGAAUUAUCUGCUGAAGACUUAGAUGAGGAAGCAGAAGAUCUGGCUGCAGAAAGUGAAGACGAAGAAGUUGAAGAAGGGGAAAACGAGAAUGAAGAAGAUGAAGAACAAAUUAAGGAAAAGAAAAGGCACAUGGGAGACACAAAACACUUCUGUCCAGUCAGUCUGAAAGAGAACUUUGUGCUUUACCCAGGACUCUAUGAUCAGGCAGCUAAAUAUCAAGAAAAGAUCUAUUACUUUUCAACUCCAGAGUGCAGAGAUAAGUUUCUGAAGAACCCUGAGGAAUAUGUGGCUCACAAUAAACCAAUACAAGCUCCUCCAUUACGAGUGUGCUUAAUUGGGGCUCAUGGAGCAGGUAAAACUAUUUGUGCACGACAGGUAGCAGACAAAUUGGGCAUUUUCAAUAUUCAGUUUGAAGAAUAUCUACAGGAAUUGAUCCUACCCAAAACUAAAGAGAAAGUUGGACCCCAUUUUGAUGAAGAACCUGAAGAAGAUGACAAUAAAAUGCUCAUGCUAUCACAGGAACUGGAAGACUUUUCUCAGGCCAUGACUAAAACUGAAAAAACUAAAAAAAGCAAACAGGAAGCGAAGUUAACUCCUGAGGAAGAGGCAAUCAAAGCAAAUCUGAUGGAUAAAGACCCACUGCCUCCAGAAGUUCUUGAUAACAUUGUUCUUGACUGGUGGAAAAAAGAGCCAUUCCGGUCCACAGGAUUCAUACUGGAUGGUUUCCCUCGUACUUCAGAUGAAGUCCAGUAUUUGUCAGAACGAGGACUUUGUCCUGAUGUUGUAGUUUAUAUUCAAGUAGAAGAGAGUGAUGUUCUGGACCGUCUUUUUCCUCCACGUCUGCAAAAAUGGAAAGAAAGACAGCAUAAAAAAAUGGAAAAUAUAAAGAAACUGAAAGACCUGAAAGCAAAAAUAAGGGAUAAGAAGAUUGCUAGAAGAAGGGAAGAACUUUUAGCAGAACAACAGAAGAAAGAGGAGGUAAGAAAAGCUAAUAAGAAAGAUUUUAAAUAG